AUGGCUGAUGAUGAUCAAGAUACAAAAGAAUACCGGUGGGAGACUGGCUACGAAAAGACUUGGGAGGCUAUUAAAGAGGAUAAGGAUGGUUUAGUGGCGGGUCUUGUGGCUGAGUUCGCCCAGAAAGCGGCCAAGAAAGCUGCGGUACCUCGACGUGGUCCCGUUAGAUUGGGAAUGAUGAGACACUUACUUGUGGCAGUUGACUGCUCUGAUGCAAUGAAUUCACAAGAUCUCAAACCUUCUAGGUUUUUAUGCACACUAAAGUUGCUGGAAAAGUUUGUUGAAGAAUACUUUGAUCAAAAUCCCCUGAGUCAGCUGGGAUUAAUUCUUAUGAAAAACAAAAGGGCAGAAAAACUUACAGAACUUUCUGGCAACAUAAGAAAACACAUAAAAGCUUUACAAGGGUUAUCGGAAAUGUCCCUUAGCGGGGAGCCCUCCCUACAAAAUACUCUAGAGUUGGCUGGUCGCAUACUUAAGCCUCUCCCAGCUCAUGCCUCAAGAGAGCUCUUAGUUUUGUUUGCAUCGCUGACAACGUGUGAUCCUGGAGAUAUCAAUACAACAAUACAGUUAUUGAAAACGGAAGGUAUUAGAUGUUCAGUGAUCGGUUUAGCUGCCGAAGUUAGAAUAUGCAAAAAGUUAUGUCAAGACACAGGUGGUGAAUAUGGUGUCGUACUAGAUGAUGUCCACUAUCGCACGUUGCUGUUGGACUCCACAAGUCCGCCGCCCAGAGCGCGAGCGCUGGACGCGGGGCUGGUCAAGAUGGGUUUCCCACACUCUGCUCCACCAACCGACACGUCUGAUCCGGCUGGAAAUGCAGAUCCACCUAUUUCUGUAUGCAUGUGUCAUUUAGAAGAGGGCGAAGGAGUGGGCGGCGAGGGCCACCUGUGCCCGCAGUGCCGCAGCAAGUACUGCUCGCUGCCCGCGCAGUGCCGCACGUGCGGCCUCACGCUCGCCUCCGCGCCGCACCUCGCCAGAUCCUAUCAUCAUUUAUUUCCUGUGGACCCUUACGAAGAGUUACCGAACGAGGGCCAGGCACAGUAUUGUUUCGCUUGUUUAAGGACAUUUACAGAUCUAGAUAAACAGAUAUACCGCUGCACCCGGUGUCACGAGUUCUAUUGUUGGGAGUGCGAGAGUGUGGUGACCACAACGUUGCACGUGUGCCCUGGCUGUUCCUCCCGCCCUCACCUGUACCAACGACUGCCGGACGCGUCGGGUCACAUCUAG